AUGAAUAAAUUUCAAGUUAAUAUCAUUCAUCAUUAUCAUAAAUUUCCUCAACCCUCUUCGGUAGUAAAACCCGCUGUCAGCAACGCCACCACACCUAUCAUAGAUCAACUUCCUCCCAUAGAUUUACCAUUUCCUCCAACCAUUACCGCAUCAGAUAUAGCGCAGAAAAGAUUACGUUCAAGGAUUUGUUCAAAAAGUCCAAACGCAUUCUUCGUUUACCGUAAAGCUUUCGUUGACCAUCUAGCGGAUUUUAGAGGAAAUAACAAAUUAAAAAUGACUGAAGUCUCUAGACUCGUAUCUUCUCGUUGGAAGACGGAAAGUAAAGAUGUUAAAGCCGCUUAUGAGAAAAUUGCAAAGCAAGUCGAACAAGAAUUAAAUAAUAUUAGGAAAAAGGAUUUGGUAUAUACUGAUGAUUUCAACAUUGAAAACGGAGGGAGAAGGAAGGUUAAAAAUCGUAAAAGGGGUCGAAAGUCUAAUUCGGGAUUAGGUAGCGAUGCUUUCUUCCUAAGUCUUAAAGGGGGAAAUUUCAACAUUUCAACUCUUGAUUUCUCCGUGAAACCUGAACUUAACGAUAAAUCAGAUGACAAACAUUAUAACUCUAAUUCCAAUUCCGAUUCUUCUAAUAAAAUUAUCGAACGUAAAGAAUCUGAAAAUGAUGAAGAAGAUUGCAUUGAAUUUAACUCUAGUCCUAACCUUUCAUAUACAUCCGAAACAUCAAUCACCGAAUGUGAUGGAUCUGUGAGUUAUGAGGAAAGCUCAAGUUCGGAUGAGUCGUCAAUUGACAAUCAGACAUUCAUUCCGCACCUUAAUCCCAAUGUUCACGUAUACAAUGAUCAUAUUCAACAAUUGCAACAACAAGAUGGUUUCCAAGUUACUAACCAGUAUUACCCUAUUUCGGAGGAUGGGUUGGAUCUAACCUGUGAUCUAAAUUUAUUGACCCCUCCUCUGACUUGUGAUA